GGUACAGAACUAGGCCCCAGGAGCAGCCUGUCGCAUCCGGAUUUAUGGCAGUCUGUCAAUGUUGCUUCCUCCCGCACCCCCGCCCCCGGCAGGUUGUGCGGGGAAUGCAGUUUGUGAACGCAAGGGGGUUUUGUGCGUGAGCUAUAUGGAACUUCAGAAACGAAAGUGAAAUUGUUCAUAAUAGGUUCCAGUAAAUCAGCAUGUUACUACGUUUUUGUUGUGCAAUGUCAUCGUGUGUAUUUCCUACAGACAUUGCUCCUCUUGCACCUGCAGAAAUUCCAACAGCAGUUGACAGCUUCAUGUUGAAUCAGCUGCAAUGAAGCUGCGUGUGCGAGUUCAAAGACAGAGAGGUUGGGUGGAGUUGGAGCAGGAUGAGCCUACUCUUGCUGACCUGCGCAGUAAGAUUACUAACUGUCUUUUACCAUCUAUGGGAUACAGUUCCGAUACUGAAUUCAACAUCAGUUUAAAUGGGAAAGAUGUUCUGACUGAUGACCAGCAAACCAUGACAUCGAUAGGAAUAGUCUCUGGGGAUUUGAUUUGCUUAAUACUACCUGAUGCCUUUGCUCCUUCUGCCUCUGGAUCAGUGUCAGACUUGAAUGUAAAGAAGAAACCAUCACACUCAAAUAAUGCUCAGAUUCAGGGCAUUGUAAAUGGUGGGAAUAGACUCGAGUCCAGUCAUGAGAUUGAUGCUCGUGCACAUCAGCAGUCUGAAGCAAAUGUCCAGAAUUCAUCACCUGACGAGAUGCCCAUGGCAUUUGAAGAAACCCCAAUAAAAUAUCCAGAUGAGCCAAUGCUGUGUAGUGAAGCAAUGGAUGGAAUGGUGCCACAUUCAUUAGAAGCCCUUUAUCAUUCUGCUGAGUGCACCAACCCAAAGGAUGCUUUGAUUGUAGUGCUUCAUCUGCUCAUGCUGGAGGCAGGAUACAUUCCACAGGGUACUGGACUGAAGAUCUCCCAAAUGCCUGAGAAAUGGAAGAAUGAAGGUGUCUAUAGACUACAAUACAAUCACCCACUGUGUGAAGAUGGGUCUGCUACUCUCUCUUGCAUCCCAAUGGGAAAUCUGGUUGUAGUCAAUGCCACGCUGAAGAUAAAUGAGAAUGUCAAAAGUGUAAAGAGAUUACAAUUGCUUCCUACAUCCUACGUUGAUUUAAAUAAACUGGGUGGCGAAGCCGCAAAUCUGUAUAAAGAUCUACAAAAACUUUCCUGCAUGUUCAAAGAUCAACUUGUGUACCCUCUUCUUGCCAGUGCCAGGCAAGCUUUGAACCUCCCUGAUGUGUUUGGUCUUGUGGUUCUACCUCUUGAACUCAAAUUGCGAAUUUUCAGGCUCCUGGAUGUACUUUCCAUUUUAUCUCUCUCAACGGUGUGCCGGGAUCUUUACACAGCAACCAAUGACCAACUACUUUGGAGAUUUCUAUACCUGAGGGACUUCAGAGAUUCACGAGCCAGCAGUCAUGACUGGAAGGAACUCUAUAAGGAAAAGUAUGUGAUGAGGAGCAAAACACUGCACCGAAUUCCCCUCUAUUUGCCACCAGCUUUGCCCCCAUUUCCAGGUCAGCCUGGUAUCUUCAAUCCCUUCCCGUUUGAGCCUCGCCAGUUUUAUCCACCUGGGGUUAUUGGAGGAGAAUAUGAUGAGCAUCCUCAGCUGCCUUACAGAGGAGAUCCUGUUAAUCGCUUUCUACCCGGAUCAGGACCGAUGCCAGGGACCUUGCCUCCAUUUAGACCACCGUUUGAUCCAACUGAUUCUUUGCCAGGUCAGUCAACUGGAAUGCCUGGAUUUCACACCAUCAGAUUUCCAGGGAGGUCUACUGGAGGCAGAUCAGCAAACAUUAGGCGUGGCAUCAUUUAAGAGCUCUUCAAUGAAGCUUUUGGACUUUUCUGAGAUCUAGUUCUUAAAGAAUGGUUAGUUGCAGCUCAAGUCUUUGUCAAUCUUUCUUUUUACGAAAAACUAAAAUAAUUACAACAGGAACAUGCACAAAUUAUAUUAUAUUUUAAUUUGCCAAACCAAGCCUUAAAGGUAAAAUAAGAACUGCAAGAAAUGUGGAAUGUAGGGCUAAAAUGCAAAUUUGAUCUGAUAGAGUGCAAUAUUUAUGGAUUUUAUUUCAUAUGCAGAGACAAAAGUGCAUUAUAGAAUAUCGCAUUAUUUUUCUGAAUAUGUUAAUAUUUUCAUUUGGAAUCCUUUUGGUGGAAAAUUUAAAAUCUUCAUUUGGAGCAGAUGCUAAUGACAAUUUGUACAAGUUAGGUUGAAUUUGAGAACAUGAUUCAAAGAAAUCAGCUACUAAUGAAUUAUUACUCUGCACAGUAGAAAAAUUGCAAUGCUAUCUUGUUUUGCUUAUCAAUAUAUUACCAAAUUAAGGCUCCUGUAUGCUACCUACAAGGGUGUUACUUGCUUACAGUUAAAAAGCAGUUAUAAUAUUUACUGUAUAGUGUGCAGAAAUAAAUUGUUUCAGAUGA